CUAAUUAUUAUUCAGGCAUUUUAAAUAAUUAAUAAAAAAUAGUAAAAUUAAAGAAAUUAUGUAUUUGUCGGUUAUAAAGAUAUUGUUAUUAUCAUUGGUGAUAUAUUGUGUGAGAGCUGACAUUGAAGACCAUAGCGAUGAGUUGGAGGAUGUGAUCAUUAAGGAACACAAUGCACUUCGAAAGUUUCAUAGAGUUUCUCCAUUAGAAAAAAUUACUGAUAAUCAAUACACCAGAAAUCGUUGUAAAGCUAAAGUGGGACAUCCAUUAUCAUUUUCACCGCCCGGUGCUGAUCCUAAAUAUGGAGAAAAUGUCUAUCGAAUGAAUGGCAAAGAUUUGGAUUAUAAAAAGGUGGCCGAUUUGGUAGUGUUAUCAUGGAGUAAAUCGAAAAAGACAUACAACUGGAAAGAUUUAAACCCAAAGUCAACAUAUUUUAGUUUUACACAAAUGAUUUGGAAAGACACCAAAAAGAUUACAUGUGCCAUAUGUGGCCAAAAAACUGAUAAAAUAGAGGCAACAAUUGUGUGCAACUAUUUACCCCCCGGUAAUGUCAAAAAACAAUACAAGGAAAACGUUUUUGAAUCGAUGGGUAAGACUGCAUAUGAAAUCGAGAAAUCGUUUAUUCAAGAAGACUAUGACUAUUAUAGUAAAGGAGAAGUUAUUAGCAAAGGUUAAGUAUAUUAUUAUGACUUCCAAUAGUCAUACAGUCUAUUAUAUAGAGUCAUACUGUAUUAAACCAAAUGUAUAAUAAUUAGAUUACUAUU